GGGCACCGAGUCAACUGGCGGAACAGCGGGCAUCGAGUCAACUGGCAAGACUGCGGGCACCGAGUCGUCUGGCAAGACUGCGGGCACCGAGUCGUCUGGCAAGACUGCGGGCACCGAGUCAACUGGCAAGAAAGAACAGCGGGCAUCGAGUCAACUGGCGAACAGCGGGCACCGAGUCGUCUGGCAGGAACAGCGGGCACCGAGUCGUCUGGCAAGACAGUGGGCUCGAGUCAACAGGCACGACAGUGGGCACCGGGUCAUCAGGUAUCGGAUUGUCUGGCUCGACAGCGGGCAUCGGGUCACCAGGCAUCAGGUCAUUUGGCUUGCCAGCGGGCACCGCGUUAUCUGGCAAGGCAGUGGGCACGGCUACUGACCGGGUCACCAGGUAUGACAGCGGGCUCUGAGUCAAUUGGCACGACAGCGGGCACUGGAUCAGGUACCGGAUCAACAGCGGGCAUCGAGUCAACUGGC